ACGUAAGAGAGGAGCUUCUUCUGGAACUGAAGAAGAAGGCACCACCCCUCUUCUGAGGCAAUCGCACCCAUCCCUUUCUCAUUCCACCACCCCAGGUGGUGAUGAUCUGAUAAGAUGUGGUAGUUCGAAGCACUCUGCUGAGAAAAGAACGCUCAACCGGUCAGUAACCAGAGGCCACCUACAGAUAUAGCAGCACAGUGGUGUCUUCAGAGACACCUUGAGCUACGCAUUAUCAAACACGCUUUGAGUCUCUUUGCAGAAAAUUCAGAAUGUCUGAUUCCACUUCCAUUAUGGAGUUUAGCGGGACGCAUCAAGCUUUCCGAGACCGCUGGGCAAAGACGGAUAAUGAGAUGUGCAAGCACAGUAUGUCUUUCCACUUGCACAAUACUCUGAGGAAGGAGUUCUUCGCCAGCUACCUGUACCUCCUGGAGCAGAUUCCUCUGGUGAAACUCUAUGCCGUGACUUGUGAGUACAUUAAAGGGGAGAAGCAGUUUUACUACAGGUCACAGAACUUCUACAAGGACGUCCCGGCAUCAGAGGAGGGCAUGAUGGGAGACUUUGUGGAGAUAUCAGAGAUCGACCUUGAAGGCUCAAGACAGUUCCUGAAAAAGUUUGUUGGUCCAGGAAAGGCUGGCACCAAGCGGGCACUAGACUGUGGCUGUGGAAUCGGGAGGGUGUCUAAAGGAGUUCUGUUCCCUGUGUUUGAAUCCAUGGAGAUGCUUGACAUGAUGGAAGAGUUCAUCCUCCACGCUCAUGAGGUUUACCUCGGAGAUUACGCAGACCGAGUAGAGGCCUACUAUCUUUACAACCUGCAAGAAUUCACCCCACCUACAAAGAGAUACGAUGUCAUCUGGCUGCAGUGGGUUGCCUGUCAUCUUACUGAUAAGGACCUGAUGGAGUUUUUAAAGCGUGCUAAGCAGAGCCUGAGGCCCAACGGUGUGAUCUUCAUUAAGGAUAACAUGGCGCGGCAGGGGUGCAAGCUGGACCCCAUUGACAGCAGCAUCAUUCGUCACCUGGACAUCAUGAAGAACAUCAUUCAGACAGCAGGCCUCACCAUACUGGACGUGGAAAAGCAGGAAGGCUUUCCUGAGGCUAUCGUGCCUGUAUGGAUGAUCGCCAUGCGCUAAAGGAAAUCAUAUUUUAGAUGGAUAUGUUGUACAUGUACUUAUAUAUAGUAUAUAUUAUAAAAACGUACAAAUUUAUUUAUUUUUAUUCCAUUUACCAGCUAAUAUGUCAAAAUAAUUUCAGCAUAUGGAAAUCUGUGGAUUGUUAUUUAUUUUUUUACUAGUUACCAUCCAGUUUCCAUCUUUCUAGUAAAAUAUAUAACUUCCAUUUUUGUUUAAAUGGAGCAUAUAGAUGUAUAUAAUUGUAUUACCCUGUUAACAUGAUUUAGUAUUUUGUACAUUUAUUCUAGUAUCACAAUGUAAAACAAAUUAUUUAUUUAUUUUUUACAAGAAAAUAAUGUUGUUGUCUAUGUCUAUGUAACUGACAGAAUUAAGUAUGCUGCCACCAAGUGUCAUUUUUGUU